AGCUCGCCAGCGUUUCUGAAGCCGGAGGAGGACGGACGGAGGAGAGAGCCGCACGCCCUCUCUCCUGCCCGCCGGGACCGGAGAAGAGCAGGAGCCAUGAAGCCCGCUCCGUGGAGGAUCCUUCCCUCUCUGCUGCUGUGGCUCCUGCUGGAGUGUACAGAGGCCAAAAAACAUUGCUGGUAUUUUGAAGGAAUAUAUCCAACAUAUUACAUAUGCCGUUCCUAUGAAGAUUGCUGUGGGUCAAGAUGCUGUGUGCGAGCGCUGUCCAUACAGAGGCUCUGGUAUUUUUGGUUUCUUCUGAUGAUGGGUGUUCUCUUCUGCUGUGGAGCUGGCUUCUUCAUUCGCAGGAGGAUGUAUCCACCGCCACUAGUUGAAGAACCAACGUUUAAUGUAUCCUACACCAGACAGCCCACCAACCCAGCAGCAGGAGCCCAGCAACCAGGCAUGCCAUAUUACACGGACCCCGGAGGAGCUGUGAUGAACCCCAUGGCGAUGGCUUUCCACGUGCAGCCCAACUCCCCCCAAGGCACUCCCGUUUACCCGCCCCCACCAUCCUACUGCAAUACCCCACCUCCCCCCUAUGAACAGGUGGUGAAGUCCUCCAAGUAGUGGCGAUGGAAGAAAGAUGCCCGGCCCCAGGGACGCUCAGGUUCCCCUCGGCUCUGCCUUUGGCCCAUCCUCGGGGGGAAGAGAUGAGAUGUGUUCGUGCUUUUUCUUACGAGAGCAGGAAGAGGAAGAGGAGGACGUCCAUCGCUUCACCUACAUUAACCCCCCAAACAUUUCAUUCUAGAAGUGGAAGGAGACUACAGAGCCUGAGGUCAUUUUUCAUGUAGGGUCGAGAUCAGAAUGAAAUCAGCCGCCCGCUCGUAGCCCGAGGUUCUCCAGAAAUCACUGAGGGAUUUGGGAAUCCCUACAAAAGCGUCUCUAGCGCUCAGCCACGGGCGCAAAAAAUGUCUUUGGGAAACCAGCUUCCCUUCACCUAGGGCGAAUUAGACUGUUUCCUUGUGAUGAUACAACGCGACCUUGUAGCCCUUCCCUAGGACUCCGGAUUGGAGGGAGAGGGAGAUCUCUUCAGACUAAUCUUGUGUCGCUAUCCCAUGCCCCGUCCCUGUGCCCAAAGCUCCCCCUGUUUCCAUCUUGGAGGCGUUGCUGUUCUCUGAUUGGCCUUUGGGUAGAAACUGAUCAUCUGCUAACUGAUCACUUUCGGGUUCAGAGGCAAUUAAUAAAGGGUAUUCUCUGAAAUUGUAAAAAAUGACCCCCUAAUGUUUUUAAAAAUGAUUUUUAUUGAUAGCUUUUGCUUUUAUAUCACCUACAUUUCCCAAUAACCUCUCCCCCCCCCCCCCACAAGAGCUAUCCUUUAUAACAAAGAAUAGAAGGAAAACUAACCAACAUUGAAAAAAGUCUGGUUUUUUUUUUAUGUAGUAUUCCACACUCCGUCUGCCAUUUCUGCAAAGAAGUGGGUCCCAUAGUGUUUUAUAUGGCUUUUGAAAGCAAAUAAUCAAAUUCCACAAGGUAGGAACAUUUCUUGAGAAAACUCCCAUCUCUGUCUUGUCAUUGCUAAUCUUGAGCGAACUCUAACUGAGGGCCAAACAUUUCUAUUUCUUACAUUAAUUUUCCUGGGAGCCUGUGACCACCCUAUCAUCACAACUCUGGCCCCCAAGUAUGAACAGUCAAUCAGCCAUGCAGAGACCCACCUAGGAGUCUUGGAGAUAGCACUUAUUUAGCUCAGAGGCAAACACCUUCUUAGGGAUCUCAGGUAUAGUUUCUGAGGCUCUCAAAUAGAGGAGUUUUAACUGGGAAAGAGAUGACAAUCCUGAGAGUACAGGUGGAGUUCUGAAAAGCACGAAAUCUCUAAGGAUUUUAUUUUCUCCUAUAGUUAAGUCAGUGUGAAGCCUGAGGUAGUUCACAUGUGAUUUAAUUCAGUCUCAGAAUAUGCUUCAAAAAUGUGACUCUGGGUAAUAAACAUUCACCUUUCUAGGUCCUGCUCUCCAAGUCCAGUCCUCAAACAAAAUGUCUCUAUUUAGGCUUUUGAUUUUUCAUUCAACCCAGAUGUUGACCUGAUCUUAGUCCCAGACUGCCCAUCCCAACCAUCAGGUAUUUUUUCCUUAUACAUGUAAAAUACCUUUUGAAACAAGUUUUUGAUGUUUGAUUUUUUUUUUUUUUUGAAUCUUAGCAAAAUUAACUCAGCUUCCUGUAUCCAUCUCUCUUUGGUAUUGGAGUUUCUAAAUUUUUUUUUUGUCAUGGACCCCCCUCUCAAGAAUAAUUGGUUUUUUUUUAAUUCACAAUUUAAUAGUGACUUUUCAGUAAGAAGUUAGUGAUAAUAUAAUUUUUCCCACCCAAAUUUACAUUGUACCCCUCCCCCAGAUUAAGAAUCCUGACAUAUGGGAAGUUCUAUAUGCAGCAUUGUGUUUUGAAGGGACUCAUAUGUAUCUAAAGCAAAGUCUACUUUUGGAAUCAGAGUGCUUUAGGGAAUUCUAUUUUGACACAGACAUGCUAACAAAGAGAAGAAAACCCCAAUGGAUGGAGAUGAAAUUUGUCCUGCAAAUCAUAGCCAACUUGAGCUGCUUCAGGUUUCCAGACCCUCUCUAAGCUGCCCCCAGACUUAUAUCCUGUCUAUGAAAAAAAGGACUACAUGAGGUUCCUGCCUAAGGAACCAAUCUUUGGGGCGAAAUGUCUACUUUUUUCCUGGUUACAUGUACAAAUAUUCAGAAAUGCAUAUAGAUACAGACAUAUGCAUAUUAAUAUUUAUACACAUAUUUUGAACAAAGAAGCAAUGUUUUCAGUUGACUCCAGAUCCACAGUUCAGCUGAAUAGUAAUCAAAACCGGUUAUGACCAUAAGGGAAGCUUUGGGAGGGAGGGAAAACAUGAGGCAAGGGUCCUAAGAUACUAGAAGAUUGAUGGUGAUCUACAAUUUUCUAUAUUCUAUAUUGCAAGAAAAAAGUUUUCCCAGAAAUAUGGGGUAGAACCCAGUUACAGUGAACUCUGAUACUGUAUCUUGAAAUUCAACUUCUGGUGAAGUUUUCCUGCAAUUCUUGUUUCCUCUGUUAAUGUUGGUGGAUUCUACCCACCUUUUCAUCUUUUAACAGUGGUGAAGUCAUUUAGUCCCUACUUAGUGAGUCUGAAGAACCCAAAGUCCCUUACAAAUUUUGUGCAUGCUUUUUCUCUGCAAAACUUUUGAUGAUUUCUGUUUUUUUUUUCUUUCUAUUUUUAGCAAAAAAAAAAAAUAAUAAAGUACCUUUUGAUAGGGUCCUGUUUCCUAUGUAUGCAAAAUAAAAAUCAAUUUGGGUGUGUG